GGAAACAUUCAGGGAAGAAAGAAAAAAAGCAGAGCUAUCUUCUUGCUGUUACACAGACUGUUGCCAUGGACCUGCGUAAACAAAUGGAGAAUACUGAGAGGAACUGGAAUAAAGAGAAAAUGGAAUUACUGGAGAAAUUCGACAAUGAAAGGAAAGAAUGGGAAUGUCAAUGGAAGGUUAUGCAGAAGAAAAUAGAAGAGCUUUACCAGGAGGUGAAACUUAGAAGGGAGAGCAAUAUGAAUGUCCAUGAUAAUAAGGCCAUUCAGAGCAAGAUGCUGCAGCUGUCCAUGCAUUCCCCUACUUUGGAAGAGAGUGACACAGUGGAGCUGAACUAUCAACAAAAUGUGGCAAAAGACAGGAUGGAAAAAGGGAGUUUGCUCAGUAAACCAGAACACGAAUGUAAAGAAACCAGAGCCAAGAGCAGAAACAAUACUCUCUUAAUGGACAAUCAGGCCUUUGAGAAACUUGAGGAACCCAAAGACAGCUUCAGCAUCAAAACUUCCAAGAAAAAUGCCAAGAAUUAUAUCGGUGAUCUCAAUGCAGCUCUUAAAGAACUUGCCAGAGUCAGUGAAGAAUUAUGCAGCUAUCAAGAGGAAAUUCGAAAGAAGUCCAACCACAGAAGAAUGAAGUCACUUCCUUUCCUGGGGGAAUUUGAGGAAACCCAAAACACAGUUAUUCUGCCUGAGUUUAAUCAUGUGUCCAGCAAUGAAUCACAAACUUCAGUUGUUUUUGAAACAGAGGAACAUAAUAACAGGAAGAAUCUGAUGAGCUCCACCAAGUCUUUGAAGGACCUGUCUUAUGGUGGUCUUACUGGUGACAGAGGAACAGACUUCAGACCUUGGCAAAAGAAAGAAGCUCCACCAGUUCCUCCACGAAGCACUUCUCGGCACCUAACAAACUCACUUUCUGCAGUUGUACAGCUUUCUGAAGCACCAGUAAGAGAUCCAGGCAUAAAAAGCAAUUGCAAGGCUCAAGACUGUAGGAGUGGAAGGAAACUAAUUAAUCUUUCGCCUAUAAACCAGAAUGAAACUGCAUCUGCCUGUGCAAAUGAAAGGCAGGCUGUGAAAGGUCCUGUGAUGGUAACUGCUGCAAUACCUGUAACCAAAAAUGAGUGCAAUGUACCAACAAGUUUCUGCCACAACACAUGGGCAUAUGAUGUGGGCAAACUUGGAAAAGACUAUAAAAGUGAACCUUCCCCACUGUCAGCCCAAAAAAGUUGUUCAGAUGGAAAUAUGGCCCAAAGCAACAAGAUGCACCAGAAACAAAAUCCCAAGCCUCACAGCAGCCCUUAUUACAGUAAUGACUUUUAUGCCUCUGCCACCCUGCACAAUGAUAUUUUGGAAGAUUCUAGGUAUACUGUGGGAAAAACUCAGAGAAAUGAAACCUUAGCAGCAAAGAUUGAUGAGUUUAACCGAACUGUAUUUCACACAGAUAAACAUAACAAUGCUUUGCAAGAAAACCAGGUGCCUCGAACAGCAUCAGAAGAUCACAAACCCUGCGGCCCACUGUGUGACUCUGCUAUUAUCAGGACAGAAACUGGGAAUACAUCUUGUGUUUCAAAUCCCAAAUUCUCUGCAGCAAAGGAACAAGAAACCAGCAACCCCAGCAAAGCUGUCAGAACAGCGGGGCAACAAAAGCAAAUAAAUGGACUUCCAAAUACUAGUGGUUACAGGCACAUGCUUCAUGAGCAUGACUGGAGACCAAGUAAUUUAUCCGGUCGCCCGCGUUCAGCUGACUCAAGGUCGAACUAUGGUGUUGUUGAAAAGCUUUUGAAAAACUAUGAAAAAUCAACAGUGACUUCUCCAUGUAAUGUGAAAUGCAGCAAAGAUAAGGGGACAUGGGCAAAUUCUGAAUUCAUGGAUGGGGGUUGUGAAACAUUGAGUCAGUAUUUAGAAAUGCUUCAGAUUGAGCAAGGAAAGCAAGAAUUUCCGAGGAAUUCAGCCAGGCAUAUUGGGCAGCAACUCAAGCAAGGAAAAGAAAGACAGAAGUUACCAGAGAUAUCUGUGCCAGCUAAAUGUUCAAGUGGGAAGGGUUUCUCCCGGCCCGCUCGGCCAGCAAAUCGACGCUUACCUUCCAGAUGGGCAUCCAGAUCACCGUCAGCACCGCCUGCUGUGAGAAGAACGGCAUAUAACUGCUCUGUCUCCUUUCGGUCAGAGACCUCAGUAGUCUGAACCCAAAGCUGGGUUGGGUGGUGUUGUGAAAGCUCUACACCUCAUUAUAACUGCGUUCGGUAUGUGUUAUAGCAACCAGUUCUACACUGUUGUAUCUUGUCCAAGAGUGACCCCCCACCACAUGCCGGACAGAACGUUUUGAAUCUUGGGUCAUCAUCACCAUGGUCUUCAGUGUUUUUAUUGAGAUGAAAUAACUAUACCCCUGAUUUUCUCUGUUUUUUUGGUAAUAGCUCACAAGGAAUUUCUUUUGAAUGGCAUCUUCCUUAAUUUGCCAAUCAAUUUUGAGUUGAAACAAUGUAUAGUGCUGUAUAUUCUGACUCUUCUGCAAACAGCAGAACGUAAAGCUGUAUGCAUGAUCAUGUGUUUGUAGGUGCAUGUGUUGGACUAGGAAGUAUACAGGUCUGUAUUUAGAAGAGACAAACUGUGCUAGUGUUGACAUUGAAAUUACAACCUAUAUGCCUACAUAUAUAUAUACACUUUGUGUUUAUUUUAAAAAGUUCAAAAUAUAGAGUCCUGAUGACAUUUAUAUUUUGUAUAUCUUUUACAUAGGUUCACAGGUGUAGUAUUUAAUGUACAAAAACUAAAUAUGCAUUUUUGUGACUGAUUGCGGCGCUAUGCCUUGCACAAUAUGUAUCUGAAGCAGACUAGCUCGACUGAUUUGUCAGUCAUGCUUCAUGGCAUCCUUGUUCAGUUUCCUAACCCUUAUGAUGCUAGGUCAAAAUACUCAAACAUAUUUUUUCUGAAUUAAAAUAUUAUAUGAUUUGUAAUACGUUAGCCUUUUUCAGCACCAGAAACAUUCCUGAAAUGUUCCAAUCCCUUUAAAAAGCUUAAAUGUGCCAUUAUAUAUACAUAGCAUACUGUAAACACUUCGGUAGUUUCAACUAAUGCAACAAACAAUUUAUGAAGGGAAGAAAAGGGUUGUAUAUGUUCAGUUCUGUAAAACUUAUUUUUCCUUCUAGCAUUAUACUUUGAAGUUUGACAAAGUCAGAUAACAAUGGACUUGUUUAUGUUCACUCAAAGCAGGAGAACAAGGACCGUUGUUGUUCCCAGUGCUGCAGCCACACUCCUUUUUUACUCUUCUCCUAGACUAGAGUGCCUGAGCCACUUGCUAAUUUACUGCUCCCAGCCUGACUCGUGGCAGUCAGUUACGACGUUUACUUGCACUCUGGCAACAAGCUGCAUCUGGUACGGAAAUAUUGCAUUGAGG